AUGGAGAGAGUGAUGCCUCCGAGGAGGAAGCAGUUGGAAGUCAUAACUGAGUCCGCGGAAAGGAGGAUGCGGAGCUCCGCAGAGAAAAUAAGUAAUGGGAUUAACACCUACGUUAGACCAAAGUUAAACACCAUGGGUUUACUGCUUCUGCCUAAUUUUGAUUGUCGGAUAUUGUUUGAUUUGGUCAAAAGUAAGGCUAAGGUGUUCAAUAGUAAUAUAUCAUUGUCAUUUCAACACCCGGUUCAUGGGUAUGUGAUGAAUAUUUUAGAUGAAGUAGAUGUUUAUCAACUCAGAAAUGUAAUUUCUGAAACGAAGGAGAUUGUGCAUUUGUAUUUAGAGGUGUUUCAAGGAUUGGUCGAACAGACAGAAGCAACUAAGAAAGUUGUACCAUACAAUGUUGAAAACAUUGUUUCUGAUAAUGUUGAAGAUUGUCCAGAAGAAGAAACUGUGGCACUGAAUAUGGUUGAAGAAAAAAAUUUAUAUGAGUUUGGAAGACUGACCGACAAAACUAUCUCAGACGGUGAAGAGUCAAAUGAAGGAUGGUUAGAAGAUGAGUUCACACCCAGGAAAAAAGCUUCAGACAUAUUUUACGGUAUGCCUCCCAUACCUGAUUGUCCCGAUCCUAUUGUGGAACCCGGACCAUUUCACAGUUUAGGUCCAAAUGAUGAUAUGUUUGUUCGUCAAACAUAUGACAACAAACAACAACUAAUUUUUGCUUUGAGUCUUAAAGCAACAAGAGAAAAGUUUCAGUUUAAGACCAAACACUCUAACAAAAAUCAUUAUGAGGUAUAUUGUGAAAUUGAGAACUGUAGUUGGUGUUUGUAUGCAAAACGCCAUCAUCUCACUGAUGAAUUUGAAAUCAGGACUUUCAACAAUGUGCACACAUAUGCAAGGAAGAUGCCUAUAAUACCCCUUCUUGAGUUCUUCCGGCAUCUUUCACAGGAAUGGUGUUACAAGCAUCGCAUCGAAGGAGGGAAACGUUCAACCGUUCUAACCGAGUGGGUUGAAAAAGUAGUUAGUAAAAAUGAAGAGCCGACUUCCCCGACAUUGGUCCCAAAGAAACAAAAAAAGGCUAGAAAAAGUAGUACGACAUCAGGUAGUAACACAAAAGGAAAAGGGAAAGGGACAGAAGGGACUCAGGAGACGCUAGAGACGCACGGGACACAAGAGAUGCGUUAG